AUGGAAACAGACAGACUGACAGAGAGACUGGCAGACAAAGAGACUGACAGACAGAAACAGACAGACAGAGAUAGGCAAACAGACAGACAGACAAAGACAUACAGAAGGACAGAAAGACAGAGAUAGUCAGAUGGACAGACAGAGACAGACAGACAGGGAGACAGACAGUGACAGACAGACAGAUAUAGAGGGCAGACAGAUCAACAGAGCCAGACUGACAUAGACCUACAGAAAGUCAGUCAGACAGGAAGACAGACGGAAGCAGAAAGACAGACAUAG